AUGGAAUUCAUCUUCCUCCUGAUUCUCCUCAUCUCUCACUUGUCAGAAGCCAAGGUCUUCAUGGUUCUAAUGGAGGAAGACCCUGUUGUGUCUUAUAAAUCCAAACAAGCCAACCCCAGUCAUGAUGAUGCUAUGAUUUACAAAGCGAGGUUGAGUAGUGGGCAUGACAUUUUUUUAGAAUCUCUCCUGCAAAGAGGAUCAUAUACAAAACUCUAUAGCUACACUCAUUUGCUCAAUGGAUUUGCAGUCCAUGUAACAUCUGAAAAGGUCCUAAAAACUCUGCAGAAUGUGAAGGGAGUUAGUGCGAUCCAUGAAGAUAUUAAAAUGAAGAAGCUUACAACACACACACCUGAAUUUCUUGGCAUUCCUACUGGUGUUUGGCCAACUUUAGGAGGACCUAUGAGCUCUGGUGAGGGAGUGGUGAUAGGUUUGAUUGACACCGGAAUCAAUCCUUACCAUCCAAGUUUUACAAGCCGGUCAUCUUCUGGCGCCAACACAAGUUUUCUAACUAGAAGUGGUAAAUUCAAAGGGAAAUGUGUGACUGGGGAUUUGUUUCCUUCAACAGCAUGCAAUGGAAAGAUAAUUGGCGCAAAAUAUUUUGCACGUGCUGCCAUUGCUGCCGGGAAAUUCAAUGCCACGCGGGAUUAUAUGUCCCCCUUUGAUGCUGAUGGUCAUGGAAGCCAUACGGCCUCAACAGCUGCUGGAAACCACCGAAUUCCAGUAAUUGCCAGCAACUUCAACUAUGGAUAUGCAAGUGGCAUGGCUCCAGGAGCUAGGAUUGCAGUGUACAAAGCUCUCUAUUCUUUUGGAGGUUACAUGUCAGAUGUUGUGGCAGCAGUUGAUCAGGCAGUGGAAGAUGGAGUUGACAUACUAAGCCUUUCCAUAGGGCCAUCUAGGGUCCCCUCUGGUCCUGCUGCUUUCCUAAAUGUGCUAGAAAUAGAGCUACUGUUAGCUACAAAAGCCGGAGUGCUGGUUGCUCAAGCUGCUGGCAAUGGAGGUCCUUCUUCCAGUUCAAUCCUUUCUUUUAGUCCAUGGAUCACGAGUGUCGCUGCCUCUAAUACUGACCGGAAAUACAUUAAUUCAAUCAAGUUAGGCAAUGGACACAGCAUUAUUGGCACUGGCCUUGCGCCUCCAACAGCAGGAGAAGUGCUUUUCCCAAUAGUUGCUGCAAUUGAUGUCUGUAAAAGGAAUAUAACCACCGGUCUUGUAACAAUUGAGAGCUGUCAAAAUACUGAGCCAUUCAUACUGUCUUUAGUUCGAGGAAAGAUAAUAAUCUGCACAUAUACCUUUGAUUUCGAGUUUGAGGAUGCAAGCAUUGCCACAGUAGCAGAUACAAUACAAAAAGUUGGUGCUGCAGGGUUCAUACUCACAACGACCCCUGAUGUUGGUUCAGAACAGAUCAAGGGCACCACAGCCACCUUUCAAGUGCCUGGCAUUAUCCUAAAUAAUAUGCAUUCUUCGUCGGCACUAUGGGAGUAUUAUAAUUCAUAUACAACUAGGAGAAGCAGCAGACACGCAAUGAGUUUUACUGCAACAGCAAGAAUUUUGGGUGGAAGGCAAGCAAUUUAUAAUGGACAGGCACCGGUUGUGGCCUCAUACUCAUCAAGAGGUCCUGAUGUGAUCAACACUCUUUUAAAAACUGUUGAUGUUCUUAAACCGAACAUCAUGGCUCCAGGCUCUUCAAUUUGGGCUGCUUGGAGCCCUAACAGUGAAGGAGAUCAAGACAGCAAAGGGCACCAUUUUGCACUAGCGUCUGGAACAAGCAUGGCUACUCCACACAUAGCUGGUGCUGCUGCUUUGAUCAAGCAAAAACACCCCAACUGGAGUCCUGCCAUGAUCACUUCAGCGAUGAUGACAACGGCUGAUAUAACUGACAGAACUGGGGUUCCAAUUCUAGCCCGCCAUACUAAACAACUAGCUCCUGCAACUCCAUUUGAUUUUGGGGCCGGAUUCAUCAAUGUCUCUCGAGCCAUUGAUCCAGGACUCGUGUUCAACACCAAAUUCAACGACUAUGUAGAAUUUUUAUGUGCCAUCCCAGGUGUUGACGAUAUGUCUGUGAGACGAGCAGUGGGUGUUGGGUGCCCAAAGAAGAGAAAGGCCUGGUGCUCGGAUUUGAACACGGCCAGUGUGACUGUUUCGAAUUUGGUUGGCUCAAGGAUGGUGACUAGAAAGGUAAUAAAUGUGGGUGGUGGGAAUGAGACAUACAAGGUGAGUAUAAGGGAGCCGUUAGGUGUGAAAAUUAGUGUAUCACCAAAAGUUUUUAGGAUUAGUACCAUGGCUUCAAGGCUUAUUAGGCUUGUUUUAGAUGCAACUGAGGCAACAAAAGCUUAUACAUUUGGUGAAAUGUUGUUGCAGGGAAGUCAAAAUCAUGUGGUUAGAGUUCCUAUAGCUGUUUAUGUUGGUAGCUCUUUAGGAUCUUGA